UUCCCUUCCAAAAUGAUAAAAUGGACAGGAGACGUGGUCAAUGCAUAUUCACUCGUACUCUUUUCGUUUUCUUUUUGCUUUGAAAACAUUUUGACUGAAAAAUCUGUAUUUUCCUCCAAAAAUCAUAAACAAAUAAAUAAAGCCCAGGAAAAAUUAUUUUCUCCAGCGCUGGACUCAUCAACAAAACCCAUCACGGCGACUGCACUGCACGCGCCACCGCAAAACGCCGGAGAAAUGACGCCGGAGACCCGACCCGGUAACUCGAAACCGCAUAUUGUUGUGUUUCCAUACCCAGCACAAGGCCACAUGCUUCCGCUUCUGGACCUGACCCACCAACUCUGCCGGCGUGGCCUCGCCGUCUCAGUUGUCGUUACCACCGGAAACCUCCGUUUCCUCUCUCCGCUUCUCUCCGCCCACUCCUCCGAAUCCAUCUCCGCCGUCAGUUUCCCUUUCCCUCCACACCCUUCUCUCCCCUCCGGCGUCGAGAACGUCCAAGACGUCGGGAACUCCGGCAACUACCCGAUCAUGGCCUCUCUCCGAGAGCUCCGUGAACCCAUCAUCAACUGGUUCAGGGCUCAUCCGAAUCCACCGGUCGCGUUCGUCUCCGAUUUCUUCCUCGGUUGGACAAACGAUCUCUGCCGUCAGAUCGGGAUCCCCAGGUUCGCGUUCUUCUCCUCCGGUGCCUUAUUAGCCGCCGUCGUCAAAUUCUGCUUCGACAACAUUGAUCUCGUCAAAUCCACUGAGCCGAUCCGUUUCUUGGAUCUUCCUCGUACUCCGGUUUUCAAGAAGGAGCAUAUCCCGACGACGGUCCGUCGAUACAUCCAUUCACCGUCUCCGGAGCUCGAGAUCGCGAGGAAUAGCUAUCUAGAGAACAUUCUGAGCUACGGGUGUGUGUUCAAUUCCUUCGAUUGUUUGGAAGAUGAGUACUUUGAAUACAUGAAGCAGAAAGUGGGUCACGAUCGGGUCUUCGGAGUCGGUCCGCUCUGCUCGGUCGGGUUGGACCCAUCGGGUCGGGGCAAAUCCGGGUCGGAUUCGGUCUCCGACGUGGACACGAAGGCACUGUUGACUUGGCUUGACCAAUGCCCAGAUGGGUCAGUGGUCUACGUCUCUUUCGGAAGUCAAAAACUGUUGACCAAAGACCAAUGUAAUGCCUUGGCGCUAGGGCUCGAGAAGAGCAUGACCCGGUUCGUGUGGGUCGUGAAAAAGGACCCGGUACCAGACGGGUUCGAGGGGCGGGUCGCGGGCCGAGGGAUGGUGGUCAGAGGCUGGGCUCCACAAGUUGUGUUGCUCCGCCACAUGGCGGUGGGUGGGUUUCUGAGCCACUGUGGAUGGAACUCAGUAUUGGAAGCCAUAACGAGCGAGACUAUGAUCAUGGCUUGGCCCUGGGGGGCGAUGAACGCUAAGCUGGUCGUGGACCAUAUGGGCAUUGCGGUUAGGGCUUGUGAAGGAACCGAGACAGUGCCUGACCCGGAUGAGUUGGGUCGAACUAUACAAGCAGCGAUGGGCAACGACGGGAAAGAGGUCAGGUCACGGGCAGCCGAGAUAGGGAAGAGAGCGGUCAAGGCCGUGGAGCCAGGAGGGAGCUCUUGGACAGCCUUUGACCAUCUUGUCCAAGAAUUACUUCAUCUAUAAGAUGAUAUCAUAAAAUCUCCUAACGGAAUUUAUGUCCGAAAUAUAUGGUGGUCGGUACUCCGCGUUGGUGAUGUGAAUCCAAGGAAUAAAUGGAUGCUUCAAAUGAUUAAGGAAUUUAAUUCAUCUAGAAAUUA